UCCAUUUCUGUGAUGGCGAUAACGGAACGAGAUAGGAGAAGCCGCCAGAAGCAAAACACUGUCCCGAUUGACAGGCUUAGCGAUUUACCGGACUGGGUUUUAUUGCUCCGUAAAAUGCAAAAAGUUAAUACUUUUUGCCUCUCUGAUGACGACGACCGUUACCGUUACAUCAAUAGAGAAAAUGGAGCUCAAUGCAAGAAAUAUCAAAUUUGGAUUACCUUUGCCGUUGAGCGCAAUGUGCAAAUACUCCAUCUUUGUUACAGUUCUUGGCGAGAUGAAGAUGUUUUACUUGGUUUACCUGGAUGCCUCUUCACUUGCAAAACCCUAGUUCAUUUGAAGCUGGAAUCCUGCGGUGUCAUCCCCGUGAGAGUUGCCGUGUGUUUCCCUCGACUCAAGAAGCUUCAUCUAUUGUACGUUCAAUAUGAAGCCGACGACGCGCUUCCCAACCUGCUUUCCGGUUGCCCUGUUCUUGAGGAUUUGUUAAUCUGUUUAUACCCGGAUAUGGUUUAUUGUAAUGUAUCUUCAACUACAGUAAAAAGUCUGGUGCUCGAUUUUAUAUCCGUCGGCUGUGGUGGCAGAGCUGACAGGCUGGACAUAAACACCCCAUCGGUUGAAUAUCUCCAGAUGAGUGAUUAUUUCACGGAGCAUAUCAAAUGUGGGGUGCUAACCUCCUUAACUCAAGCAUAUAUCAAUUUUGACAGCCAACCAGACUAUCAUCAUCAUCUUCAUUCUCGAUCCCUGCUCGACUUUUUUGACACUCUUUGCAAUGUUGAGCGCCUAAAUUUAGAUUUCUCAUAUUGUCCAGAGAUUAUUAAUUCAGUACUCUCUGCUUGGACUACAAGUUUUCGUAACUUAACCGAACUCGAACUGAGAUGUGAUUGUCGUCUUCUCUCAAAGUUCCUCGAAAAUGCCGAUAAUCUUGAGAUUCUUUGUUUCACUGAAGAGCCUCGUGAAGAAAUAAAAAGCUGGAAGGAACCACCACAACAAGUGCCCGCAUGUCUUUUAUCACGUCUUAGAAUCGUAAAGCUUCCGAACAUCAGAGGUGAAAAGCACGAGUUUAAAAUUAUAAAAUAUCUAUUGAGGAAUGCUCAAGUCUUGGAGAGGAUGGAAAUAUCAUAUCCCCGAUCCCUUAGUUCCAACGAAGAAAAUAAUAUGCUAAAGAAGAUCUCACUUUUUCAACGCGGAUCCAGAGCAUGUAAAGUUGCCUUUGGUGCUGCCUCACCGCUUGUGUUCUGUAAAGUACGUUGACGCCUAUAUCUACCAACCACUUUUGCCUCAUAAUUGCUUUAUGCACUUAUCUCUGUUAUGUUAUGACCUACAAAACUCGUCAUCUUUACUUCAGUUUUUUGUAACUGCAAUUUGAUGAAACAAAUAUUUAUUUUUGUAAUUGCGGAAAAAAAGGUGAGUAUGUUUGUCACGAAGAGCUCCCGUACUACUAGUUACGUUGUUAUUUCAAAUGCGUCCACUUUAGGCACAAGGCUUCAUUUCUUCGUUGAAGUAUUAAUUUUUAUGCAUGUCACCUAUAAAUCGUUACCUAUAAACUUAUGUUAUGGAAAUUGACAUGAAAUUGAGUUCAGAUAGCUGCUGUGCUACUUAGUUGUCCAAGAAUCUAUUGUCAUCUUCAUUCUACUAUUUUCUUUUAACUAUGAAACAAAAUUAAGGAAAGAGAUUUCACACAUUAUUUUCAUCACUGGUUUCGUAGGAAGCAAACAUAAGAGAGAUUUCAAAAAAUCUUUGAUUUUGAAUAUUCUUUUUUCUUGAAUUCUGGGUGUGACUUCUUUUUAUAAAGCAUUUCAAUAAUUUCUUUAUUACCUUAUUCGAUUUAUUUGAGUUCUUUUGAUAUUAACACUAUGCAAUAAUGUUACUAUAAUUUUGUUGUUUGUAAAAUAAGGUAACUUCACCCACAGUCAAAAUGCUCGAUAUAUCCAUCUUGAGUAAAUACCCUAACACUUGGAUAUCGAUAUUUUAAGAUACGGUGAACAAGACAUUUUUAUUUAUUCUCGAUCGGUGCUGGAAUUUAUUGGUAGACUUUGCAACAUCAAGUUCCCAAAACUAGAUUUAUCAAAUUGCACACAGGUACGCAUUUCAUCUUUCAUGAGCUCGUUUUCCAUUUCUUCAAUGAUGUAAAUUAAUCAAUCUCGAAUUGAUUGUUUGUUGUCGUUUUCUCUCAAAGUUUCUUGAAACAGCUGAUAAUCUUGAAAUCUUAUGUAGUCAUUGUUAUACUAUUAAGUAUAAAUUUUAUCUUUUCUAUUUCGUAUAUUUAAAAUUCAAUCGAGGUUUAAUUUUUUAGUGGCCUAACGUCGAAUAUACUUGAUAUUCGUUGAUCACGUAGCUCAAUUUAUUGAUUGGACAAUUUAUUGAUUGGACGACAUCUGAGCUUAAUGGCAAAAAAAAUAAAAAAAAAUACAUUUGUUGCUAGGCUUUGCAAUGUUGAGUGCCUAAAGUUAGGUUUGUCAUAUUGUACGGAGGUAUGUAUUCCAUCUUUCCUCGGGAUUGUAAGUUUUAGUAACUUGAUCAAACUCGAAAUCUUGAAAUCUUGAAAUCCUUAUUUUAUGGGAGGUUUGUUGAUUCAAUGGAAAGAGUUUUAAGCUU